AGAAGUUAAGAAUUUCUCCAUAUAAUUGCUGCUUCAUCAUUUGUGCAGAAAUUCUGAUAGUAGCUAUAUACGUAUUUGUGCAUGCCGUUUUGUAUAUGGUUAGAGUUGAAUAACACGUGGGCACCUUGACAUUACACAAGCCUGGCGUUGGUUUUAAAGUUAGGUAAGCUCCCUGUUAUGUAGUUUAGCUAACUGAGCUAACCCUCAGUGUGCAGAAGUGAGUGUGUCGCUGUUGCUGUAGAUUCAAUGGUCAGCUCCUCCAGGCUCCGUCUGGUUUGGCGUCAUUUUGUUAACAGUAGAAUGGGAGACAUGGCCUCUAAAGCCCAGAUGCCGACUCCAGAGACAGCACUGCCCGGCCGGACUGACAGCAUCAAAGUCUCCGCCAAACAUGAUGUGAACGGCAACAGGACUGUUCCACCUUUCCCAGAGGGGACAGAGAUGGCAAUGUUUGGUAUGGGUUGUUUCUGGGGAGCGGAGAGGAAGUUUUGGAGACAAAAAGGGGUUUAUUCCACCCAAGUGGGCUACGCGGGAGGAUACACCCCUAACGCCACCUACAAGGAAGUCUGCACAGGUAGGACAGGCCACUCGGAGGUGGUGAGAGUUGUCUUCCAUCCAGAGCAGAUCAGCUUUGCCAACCUGCUCAAAGUUUUCUGGGAAAGCCAUGACCCGACUCAAGGGAUGCGACAGGGGAACGAUAUUGGGACUACAUACCGCUCUGCCAUCUACACCUACACAAAGCAGCAUCUCGAGGAAGCUUUGGCUUCCAAAGAUCAAUACCAGAAGGUACUAACAGAGGAAGGUUUUGGUCUGAUUACAACAGAAAUAGCGCAAGACAAGCCAUUCUACUAUGCCGAGGAUUACCACCAGCAGUACCUGAGUAAAAACCCUGAUGGAUACUGUGGUCUGGGAGGGACAGGAGUCUCCUGUCCAAUAGGAAUCAAGACGAAGGCCUAGAUAGCCAAUGACAGCCAAGAACCAUCUCCAGUGUGUUCAGUAAGGACUCAAUGAUGGAGUGAUUUUUAAGAUGCUUACAGAUGCAAAAAGCUUAGGGUUUUAAAUACAUAAAAAUCAGAUUUCUGUAUCUUUUAUUGAUUAUUCUCAUGGACCCAACUGCUCCAUCGCUGCCAAAACAAAGCUGUGAUUGUCAAAAGCUGUAGCUCAGUUUGUGCAAUGCAGAUUUCUGCCUGAUGUAACACGUUACAUAAACUGCAGUGUAGAUGCUGAUAAAGGCUGUCAGUCCUCUCAGCUCUCUUCUAAUAGUAAACAUGCCAGUGCCUCAAAACGUAUGCAUAUUACGUGUAUUGUAAAAGUGAUGCAACGCGUCACUUUUGUAAAAGGCUUAACACAAAAUAUAGUCCUUUGACACAUGCAGUACAAUUUCAUAUGUUAGCUAUAUGAAUAAUCUAAUGCACACCUGUAAGAGGGGUGCGUAGAAUGACCAAAACUCCCACACAGUCUCAGUAAAAAAAUUAUUUACAAAUGCAUUAAUUUUAGUGAUGGCAGAUGGUGUGUUUGAGUCCACAUUUCACUGAUUUUCAUACAUGAAAUAUUCUUGCAAGUUGAGCAAAAUUAGAAUUCUUGUUAGAUUUGUUUUGCUAACUGUUUUGAAUUGCGACUGCAGAUGAAAGUGAUUGUUGCUCAGGUUGCUUUAUAAAUGCUGAUCAUUUAAGAGGGCGUUGCUUUGAAACUGAUGCAGUUUGCCUUUUUUAAAACUCUGUAGAGGAAUAAAACAUAUUAAGCCUCUGAAAGCAGAAAUCUACAGUGUCUCUUCUGUUUCCAGACUUGUAAGUGCUGUUAAAAUCUAUACACACUGCACUAUGCUUAUCAGUUUGGAAAGAAAAUUAAGAAAUAGUACAUUAAAUGACGACCAACUCUCAGCCUACAAGAGGUGGAGAAAAUGGCAGCACGGAGCUCUUUUGUUGAAUUGAAUAAAUUAUGGAUUCUACUGUUACAAAGUCAGCUUAAUGUCAUGGGUUUGCUAAUGCAGAUCAAAAGAUUCUCUCUCUGCUACCUUAGCUACCUAGAUGCUUUAUACUUUGUAUUAUUUUUAUUAUUUUCUCUUACUGAAUUUGCAGCGGACUAUGCGAACAGGAGAUUUUUUUUAUUAAAAAUGUUUUUGUAUAUUUGUGUUUGCUCUUUUGUGGCGUGAUGUGUGUGUUGUGUUUCGGGGCAGGAUUUUGGAUGACCUCCUUCCUCUGAUCUUUGCCUGAAGUAAUGUUCCAGUCCGUGACUCAUCUGUCAUCGCUGUUAAUUUGCAUGCAUGUGUGUUUGUACAGCACAUGUGUGUUUUGAUGGUACAGCACACAAACACACACCAGCAGGAGGAGAGUGUGUUUGGUGCCAGGCCCUCCAAAGCUUGGCAUCACCAUCACAGAGUCGGAAAAAAAGCAAGAGAGGGAAGAGAUCAGUCUCUUUCGAAAUGGCUGAGCGCCAUCUUGGAUCUCUGCUCCGUUGGAUCGCCUCCAUGAUGCAGGCUGUAGGACCACGGCUCGACUGGCUUUUCAAAGCCAAAUCUGACCACUAUUUUCGGAAAGAAGCUGAUGAAGGCUUUGUGCAAAUAUUCAAUAUAUUUAAAUUGGUCCUUUUUUGUUAGAAAAAUGGAAAAAAAAAGAGUUGACAUUUACUCCUUUAAUCCCUGUCAAGGUGUUUUCUGGUAGUGGAAAAACAUAUUUCAGUAAACUGUCAGUGUAGCAUUGAUCAACUGUAUAAUAAAUGUGUGGUUAAAGAAAUUGCACUUUACCGUACAUCCCUCAUAUCGUAUGAAGAUGUCAUCAUCUGGACUGGAUCCCAUAUUUAAUUUAAGGGCAAUAUUGGCUCAGUGUAUAUCAGUGUAACCCCACACACAGAAAAAAACAACCCUUUGCUCUUUCAGGGUUUGUUGGUUGGGUUUGUAUAAAGAGCCCUAUGAUUGGUUAGAAUAAAAGUUGGUAAAAUGUUAAACAA